AGCAAAACCCGCAAAAGGUCAGAGAGAGCGUGCACACACACAACACAACACUCGCACAAGCACGCCAAGGCAGCAAGCAGUCUGCCAUUCUACUGGCUGUGCCGCAUCUUCAUUUCCACUCGCCGAGUCGUGCAUUGCUGUGUCGACAUACACACGCCCGCUGUCGCACAGAGACUCAAACAGAGACUUACACACGCUUAACAUACACACACACUCACUCAGCACACAUACACACACAUCUGGCACAAUGGCUGCCAUCCAAGAGCGACUGGAGAAGGAGCUGCAAGGGCGCACUCCAGAUGAGAUUACCAGCCUGAACCUGGACAACUGCGUGUGCGGGAGGUCACUUGCUGGUAUCAUUACCGACAAGUUUGUCAACCUGGAGUACCUCUCCCUCAACGCCAUCUCCCUCAACUCCCUUCACGGCUUUCCCGCGCUCCCAGCACUCCAGAAGUUGGAGAUUGCCGACAACAGGCUGAGCAAAGGCUUUGACAAGCUGGCGCCGUGCAAGAACCUUCGUUACAUCAACCUCAGCGGCAACAAGAUUCGCGACCUCGCUGUCCUCGAAAGCCUCUCUGCGCUGCCCAACUUGGAGCGCAUCAGUAUCAUGAACAACCCGGCUGCCGACGACGAGGCCGAGGAAUACAGAACACGCGUGUUUGAAAUGCUGCCAAAGGUCAAGUUCAUCGACAGCGUCGACAGGGACGGCAACGAAGCGCUGACAGACGAAGACGAAGAUGACGAAGAUGAGGACGAGUAUGAUGACGACGAGGAGGGAGAUGACGAUGAUGAUGAUGAGGAGAACGGGGAAGUGGAGGCGGCGGGUGACUUUGACGACGAUGAGGAAGCAGCCAACAAUGGUGAUGGCGAUGAUGACGAGGAGGAGGACGAGGACGAUGAUGACGAGGAGGAGGAUGAUGGUGAUGAUGGCCAGGAUGAUGGCCCGGCUGGCGACGAUGAUGACGACGACGGGGAAUAUGAUGACGGCCCAGCCGGUGACGAGGAUGACGAUGAGGAGGGUGGUGAUGAUGAGGAUGAGGAGGAGGAGGGAGUUGGUGGAGAUGAUGACGACGACGAAGAUGAUGAGGAUGAUGAUGGUCAUGAGGAUGAUGGCCAGAGUGGCGACAACGAUGUGGACGAUGAUGAUGACGACGGCGAGUUUGAUGACGAGGCGGCGGGUGAUGACGAUGAUGACGACACAGCCGGCGGUGUUGGCCACGACAAUGACGGGGAUGAUGAUGAUGAUGAUGAGGACGACGAUGAACCCGGACUGGAGAGCCUCUUCCGCGACGACAUUGGCGAUGAGGAUGAUGGUGGCGAGUACGAAGUUGAUGACGAAGAGGAGGAGGACGACUAUGAUGAGGAUGACGAGCUUGAGGCCAAGCGACCCAAGCAGGGCGAGUAGCUGCAGUGCACACACACGCGACCGUGGAUACCAUUGUGCUGUAAUCUUCCUUCGCCCCUCUCUGUUGUGUUUGAUUGCCUCUGUUCUCUGUUCUCUCUUCCCUGUUGCUUUUCUUUUGAUAACUGUUGGAUGUACACGAGGGAGUGACCGUGUGUGUGUGUCUGUGUGCGUGUGUGUGCGUGUGUGUUUGUGUGUGUGUGUGUGUCUUUGUCUGUGAGUGUCGGUGUGUCUGUGUGUGCGUGUGUGCGUGUGUAUUGGUGCGACCGUGGCGUGUUGACUUGACAGUGAUAGCGUGUUAGAGACCCUGACGUUGUUGUGUUGUGCAUGUUGCAGCUUUCUGCCUGCCCUGUCAGCACUGCUCUUUGCUUGCAGCUUCCUUGCUCCUUCUCUGCCCCUUGUGUACAUGUGCCACCAGCCCUUCAUUAUGCAAACGAGCAAAUGUCAACCACUGCCAA